AUGGCUCACUCAACACCCAACGCAGCCCAGAUCAACAGAACGACCCCUUCCUCCGAACUCUCCCAGGUGAUGGCUCACCCAGAGUCCUUCCGCCUCCUCUACUUCCCUCUUGAGGCCCAGGGCCAGACCAGUCGCGAUUUGCUCGCCUAUGGAGGUGCCAACUGGGAGGGAGUCUCUCCUCAGAACUGGUUGGAGGAGAAGGACAAGACGCCCUUUGGAUGCGUCCCUGUCUUGUACAUCAACAAGGGUGAUAAGCAAGUAGUGAUCUCAGAAACACACGCAGUCGAGAACUACUUGGCCAAGCACUUUGGCCUGAUGGGCGACAACGAGUAUGAAGAGACCCUGAUCCGAGCCUUCCACUGCUCAUCCGCCACACUCUUUACCAACUUUCAGUCCGCUGUCGUCUGGAACAUGCCCGAGGUCCGCGAGAAGGCUUUGGAGGGCUUCAAGGCCAACAAAUUGGCCCAUUGGGUCAAGACUCACGAACGCCACCUCAUGGACAACGGCAACAACGGCCACUACAUUGGCAACAAGAUGUCGCUGGCUGAUAUCCGCACUGCGAAUCUGAUCAGGCACUUCUCCUUUCAACCCUGGGCCACUGAACUGAUGGAUAUCAUCAGCCAAGCCCCUGCACUGCUCAAGCUGAGAGACACGGUUGAGAAUGACCCCAAGAUGCACCAGUGGAAGAACAGCGAUGAGGCCAAGAAGCUCGCUACCUCCACCAUGGCCUUCUUCGUUAACCCCUUCGCUGCCAGUGGCAGGCCCACUGCGUAG